AUGAGCGACCGCGGCAUGCAUAGAGGUGGAGGUUCUCGUGGAAGAGGUGGCGAUACUCGUGGUCGUGGCUUUGAUCGUGGAGGCGGCGGCGGAGGUCGAGGUCGAGGGGGAAGCCCCAGUGGACCCCUCAUCUUUCAAGAAAACACGCCUGUCCAAGUGCCACCUAGGCUCGCCGAUUCUUCUCUUCAGCAGCUAAUCACCAAUUUUAAAUCCAUGAAGGUAGCUCCAGAUCGUCCCGUUCGACCUGGAUAUGGCACCAAGGGAACACCCAUUAUGCUUAGGGCCAAUUUUUUUCCAGUGAGGGUUCCCCAAGGCCCUAUAUAUGACUAUGUCGUCGAGAUAUCUCCCUCACCUACCAAGGCCGUAGAUAAGAUCAAGAUUCGUCUUUUUGAGCUUUUGGAAAACACUCCGGCUUGUCAACAACAUUUGCCUUACAUUGCGCAUGAUCGAAGUCAGAGGCUUGUGUCUGCAAAGAAACUUCCACAACCACUUGAUAUACUCGUCCCGUUUGUUGAGGAUGGUGCGACGGGACCUGCUCCCAACGCCCAAGUUUACACGAUUUCCAUCAAGUUUGAAAGGGAGUUAGACACUCGCCAGUUAGUAACUUAUAUGGAAGGGCAACCCUCGUGGCGCGACUAUGAUCCCCUUCCACUAAUUUCUGCACUCAACCUUGUUCUACAGCAGCAUGCAAAUCGGGUCGGAAUACGCGUUGGGAAAAGCAAGUACUUCUUUCCCGCUUCUACUGAAGCACAUCAUCUUGGGCCCGGACUUCAAGCAAUACAAGGGUUUUAUGCGUCCGUGCGCCCUGCUUACAAGCAACUAAUGGUCAACGUAAAUGCAUGCAUGUCUGCCUUUAUCACUCCAGGGAACCUGGCGGAUAGACUCCAAGAGUUUAACACCAACAGUAGGGGUGGUAUGCCCACUUUACCCAAGGGAAUGAUUAAAAGCAUCAGGGUCAGAACGCUUCACCUUGGAUACAAGAAGAAACUCGAUAGCUUUGGAAAUGGUUCUGCUCGGAAUACUACCUUCAAUUGCGAGGAAUUUGGUGGUAAAAUCUCCGUAGAACAGUAUUUUUUAAAAAAAUACAAGAAGAAAUUGAGAUACCCUACAGAGCUUCCUGUCGCUAAUCUUGGCACUGUGCACAAACCAAACUGGGUUCCCGCUGAACUGUGUCUCAUUGAGCCUGGCAAUGUUUACCUAGAGAAACUAAGCGACAGAGAAACAGCCGCGAUGAUCAAAUACGCCUGUAACAUCCCUCGAGUCAACGCAGACGCCAUUGUUCAGCGCGGAUUCCCCUCCCUAGGUCUGGGUCCUGCAGUCUCGCCCAUCACCGGCUUUGGUAUGGCAGUCGACAGUGCGAUGACCGGCGUUCCCGGGCGCGAGCUGCCACCCCCACGACUGACCUACAAAGCUGGGCAAGCGCGUGUUCAGAACGGCAGCUGGAACAUCCUCGACGUUAAAUUUCAUCAGGGUGCGAACAUUGCGAGCUGGUGGGUGCUCGUCAUCAGGGAUGGCAAGGGUAGGAUCACUGGCCCGGAUGAUCCCAACCUGCGCGGGCUGGUAAUGGGGUUCAAGGAUAAAUUGGCGGCGAGUGGUAUGGCUGUACCGUUCAGCAUGCCUCAGUUGCUGCCACCUGCGCUUUUGCCUGAUCCACAACAGGAUCCAGAAAGGCUCAAUGCACUGAAUGUUGUUCGACAAAUCUUCAGAAACACCUUGGCUCAGAAACCCAAACCCAGUUUCGUUCUAGUCCUCUUGGAAAACCGGGAUAAUUACAUAUAUCCUGGAAUCAAGAGAAUCGGAGAUGUUGAAAUGGGAUUGAACACUAUACACAUGCAGCUUGACAAGGCCCUGAACGACCCAAAGAAACAGGACCAAUACUUCUCCAACGUAGCGCUGAAGGUGAACACAAAGCUGGGCGGGAUCAAUCAUUUGCUCGAUGACAAAUCUAUGGCAUGGUUGAACAAGGUACCGACGAUGAUGGUUGGAAUCGACGUCACACAUCCAGGCCGAGGAAGCAAGGCAGGGACACCAUCCAUCGCAGCAGUUGUUGCCAAUACGGACAGAAAUUUUGUGCAAUUUCCUGCGAGCAUGCGCGUUCAGCGGUCGAAGAAAGAGAUGCUGGAUGAAUUAUCUGCCAUGCUGAUCGAGCGACUCCAAACUUUCGAGAAGAAAAACAGGGGCAUUCUGCCUGCAAGGAUCAUUGUUUACCGUGAUGGUGUCUCCGAGGGUCAAUACGAAACGGUACUGCAGGAAGAACUUCCCCAGAUUCUCGAUGCCUUCAAAAGGCUGAGUACCAAGGACCGCUCUGCAUACAGGCCGAAAUUGUCCAUAAUUAUAUGCGGGAAGCGACACCAUGCAAGAUUUUACCCUACCAAUUCGCAGUUCGCCGACAGAAACGGGAACACGCGACCAGGAACUGUUGUGGACAAAGGAAUCACAGGAGUGUUCGACUUUGAUUUUUACCUGCAAGCACAUGCGGGCCUUCAAGGCAGCGUAAAGUCGACUCACUACGUUGUAGUGUAUGACGAAAUCGGAUUGUCAGCGGACGAGAUUCAAGUGGGUACACAUGACGUCAGCUACCUUUAUGCGAGAGCGACCAAGGCUGUGAGUCUAAUCCCGGCGGCUUAUUACGCGGACCUGGCCUGUGAGCGCGGGCGGUGCUAUUUGAACGACUUUUUGGUGGACGAUAAAUCGUCCAGCACGGGCAGGUCUUCUAAAGUGGACAAAGAAGAAGAAAUGAAGCGUGUGUUUGAUGCAGCGAAGAGAUCUUGGGGUGAAGGGCUUCACCCUGAUAUGAGGGAUAGGAUGUUUUAUAUCUAA